GACGCCAAUGCAAAGGAUCUGGCCGUCGAUGUGAGGAAUGUUGUGUUUGGCUACAAGAAGAAAGUGCCAGUUCUUAAUAAACUAUCACUUCGGGUACCAAAAGGUAGGCAAAUAUUUGCACUUUUGGGUGCGAACGGAACCGGCAAAACUACAUUAAUCCGAUCAAUUUUGGGUCGACUCAAGUAUUCAUCGGGUGUUAUCCGAGUGUUUGGUGUCCGUCCGGGGAGUAAGCGGUCGGACAUACCGGGCAUUGGCGUCGGAUAUAUGCCGCAGGAAUUGGCACUUUUUGAAGAGUUCACAAUCCGAGAGAUUUUGAAAUAUUAUGGAAACUUGUAUCACAUGGAAAGCGAUGAACUCCUCAAUAGAGUGGAUAAUUUAAUUGAAAUAUUAAAUUUGCCCGAAAGUAGUCGACCCAUCAGUAAAUUGAGUGGUGGCCAAAGGAGACGGGUUUCCAUCGCUAUAACUAUGGUUCACAGACCGAGACUUAUUAUAUUGGAUGAGCCGACG